AUCUUAUGGUUUUCGAUAAUCACAGGAUUUUUCUUUGUUUGUCAGUAGUUGGAUUUUUUGCAGUGCUUUUGCUGUACUUACAAGUAAAACUCCGGCCAUUAUUCUCACUCUCAUAUCUUAUACCUACGACUUCUACGAAUCAACAAGAGCGCGGAUGGAUUGAUCAGGCGCAACUCAAUCUGGCGGUGCAUUGUGUAGUGGUGCGCGAUGCGCGUUCUCAGUUAGAUAAAACUCCGACAAUUUUGGCUUGGACAACCUUUUUCGAUGCUUCAUUAUCUUCGCGCUUCAAAGCAACAUUGUACCAAUGUCCCUACCACUGUCACAUAACGGCAGAUAGAAAGUACCUACAAGAUGCUAAUGCUGUUGUUUUUCACAUUCGUGACUUAAAUUUGUCUGAUUUGCCAGCAACUCGAUCGCAAAAUCAGUUUUAUGUGUUUUACCUCAAAGAGUCUCCUCACCACACAGGUGCUGCUCUAAGAUUGACGUCAAAUAGGAAAAAAAAAGCGAUUCCAAACGACUUUUUUAAUAUAACAAUGACGUACAGGAAAGAUUCCGAUAUAUUUUCUGGAUAUGGCAAUCUAUUAAAAAUUGGAAAAAAUGAGCAAAAGAGGCGAAGACACGAAGAGAUCAAGAAGAGGUUAAGAGGCAAUUUAUCAGCAGAAGACUUGAUUAUGUUUUUUCAAGAUAAGCACAUGUCACUUAAGCAACUUAACAUUAGCCUAGAAGUAAAGCAAAGCGGUUCUCAACUUGACGUGGGAGAGAGUAUUGCACAGAAGAUAUUUCAACGUCCAAACUUUGUUUUGCAAUUCGUAUCUAAUUGUAGAACACCAUCUCGUCGAGAAAUAUAUACUAAGCAGUUGAAGCAAUAUAUUAAUGUUACGCAACUUGGAAUUUGCACCGGAAAAAAAUGCUCAUCACAUUGUGAAAGAAAAGCUGUUGAAGAUCACAAAUUUUAUUUGUCUUUUGAGAACAGUAUUUGCCGAGACUAUAUAACAGAAAAGCUAUUCUGUCGACUCGGAAAGCUGCUACCGAUUGUGCUGAAAAGAGCUGCGUAUGCGGGAAUAGUUCCGGACGAUGCUUUUAUUGCUGCAGACGAUUUUAAAUGUCCUAAAGAUCUGGCAAAUCACUUAAAAUUUUUGAGCCGGAAUUUUACUGCUUUCUCCAAAUACUUCCAAUGGAUGAAGCAAUGGAAGGUAAGGACAGCGCGUGCGGGUUGUGAAUUAUGCCAGUUCUUAUAUGAGAACAACGGGGUUGUAAAAAUUGUACCGAAUAUCAGAAAAUGGUGGGUUGACGAUGCGAGAUGUGAAAAAGAUUAUACAAGGCGUUUAAUUUGUCAAAGAAAUGCAACAAAUGCAACACCUAAGUCGCUGCAGUAGCA